CAACGAUCCAAGGCCUAUAUCAACUCUGCAUAUCCCAGCAUCAAAGCUUCCCUCUUCCUCGUUGAGCUUGUGAAACCACAGGAGAUGGAUGCGAUAAUGGUCGAGAUCAAAUCAAAACAUGCCGUAAGACCAUCCUAUCCAACACCUUAUAGCCUCAGACACUUGAAACUCUCUCUCCUAGAUCAGCUUUCUCCUCCAGAAUACGUCCCGAUGAUCUUUUACUACGCUGACAUUGAUGAUAGAUUGGCCAUUGGCUUGUGCACAUUGCACAAGCUUAUUGAUGGGGUCACAUUUGCUUCACUAACUGUGAAUCUGAGAGCUAAGAUUGAUCCGCCACUCUCAGAAUCUUGUGCUGGCAAUCUCCUUUGGCUGGCAAUUGCACCUGAUAGUCGAGUUGGUUUCGGCGAAUGUGGACAUAUACAGAUUCACUACCUAGGGAAAUUCCAUUUAUAUGAAGCUGAUUUCGGUUGGGGGAAGCUGGUCUGGGUGAGCAGCGCUGGGCUCGUCUUCAAGAACGUUGUCGUCCUGAUUGAAUCGAGAUACGGUGAUGGAAUUGAAGCUUGGGUGACCAUGGAAGAAAAAGAUAUGGGUGUUUUUGAGAGGAACGAAGAGCUUCUUGCGCUUGCUUCGGCAACUGAGAGCCCUUCCUGUAUGCUACUGAAUUCUCGCCUUUGA